AUGCCCAGUGCCAGGGCUUCAUCCUCUUCGGCUGCUGGCGGGGCCAAGCUCACCAAGCUUGAAUCCGCCCUCUACCGUGCAGCACAGUCUUCCCCUGGAGGUGUCAUUACCCAAGACCAGAUCUCGGAACAGUUCAAGACCGAGCAGCUCGAUGAUCAACUACAAGCAAUCAACGGCCUACUCAAGAAGAGCCUCUUCACCGCCCAGACCCUCAAUGGCUCGAUCCAGUUCGCAGCAACCGCCAAGGCGGAGGCUAGCAUGAUGGGCAAGCUCGACGAGAACGAGACUAUGGUUUAUCAGCACAUCAAAGAUUCACGUAACGAAGGUAUCUGGACUAAACAGUUGAAAGUUCGCACUGGAUUGCAUCAGACCAUCAUCAACAGGUGUCUGAAGUCGUUGGAGCAGAAGCAGCUGGUGAAGGCCGUCAAGUCUGUUAAGUACCCGACCAGGAAGAUCUACAUGCUUUACGGAUUGACGCCGUCGAUCGAACUUUCUGGUGGACCUUGGUAUACGGAUAACGAAUUGGAUACGGGCUUUAUCAAUGAGCUCUCGAUGGCUAUCCUCAACUUUAUCCGAUCGAAGUCGUUCCCCAAGAAUGGACAAUCGAGAGCGUUGUUCCCCACCAGCCACACUUCACAGCUUCCUUCGGCUAAUGCCGUUCACUCGUACUUGCGCAAUUCGGGACUAACAGAGACUCAGCUUGAGGUGGAGCAUGUUGUAUCGCUACUGGAUAUCUUGGUGUAUGACGAGCAGAUCGAGAAGAUCCCAGUUCUGCCGUUCUCGUUGGGGGGCCGAGGCAUGAAUGGUUUCGACGAGGAUGAUGAAGAUUACACAGACUCGGGUACAUCCUCUGGUGGAAGCGGAUCAGAUAGUGACAGCGAAAGUGGAUCAGACAGUAAAUCAGAAGCGGAAGAAACAGGCUCAGAUAGCGACGCUGGCACUAAAAAGAAGAGCAAGGCCAAGAAAGAACGCAAAAGCGACGACAAAGGGAGCGAUGACGACGAUGGACCGGUGAUCGGCGGCAAGCGCAAGCGAUCCUCCAGCAAGUCAUCUUCGCGGAAGAAGAGCAAAUCGAGCAAGUCCUCUUCCUCCAAGAGCAAAUCGAAGAAGUCUUCCUCACGGUCCUCGUCAAGAUCUCGCUCACGGUCACGUUCGCGGUCUAGAGCCGCUUCGUCCUCCGACAGCGAAAGUGGGUCAGAAUCGGAAGCCUCCGACUCCUCUACUUCCUCUUCAACUCACAGCCGCAGGAAGUCAAACAGCAAAAAGAAGAGGCGUUCCAAUGGCAAAUCGUCCUCAGCAAAUCGCAAUUCAGCGGCUGGGGGCGGUGAUCUGGUGCCCUUCGUCUACCGUGCAAUCCGACCGCACGCCGUGAAAGUGGGAUGGACAGAGACGCCGUGUGGUCAUUGCCCGGUGUUCGACUUUUGCGAUGAUACAGGUCCGGUCAAUGCGGAAAGUUGUCAGUAUUAUGGUGGGAAGACGGAUGAGUUUGGUCGGAAGCUGAAGAAUGGUUGGAUUGAUACCAUCGUUGAUGAUGACAAUGACGAGGAGGAUGAAGAGGGCGAGAACGGCGGAGAGAGGGAGGAUGCCAAUGAUGAGGUUUGA